AUGGCUCUGAUAGAUAAGGAAACAAGAUACGAUAGGCAAUUGCGAUUGUGGGCAUCUUCUGGUCAAGCUAACUUGGAAGCAUCGCACAUCUGUUUGAUAAAUGCUACGACAACAGGAUUGGAAGCAUUAAAGAAUUUAGUUCUACCUGGUGCAGGUGAUUACACCAUUAUAGAUGAAUCUGUCAUUACGGAACAAAAUUUGGCAGGGAGCUUCUUUUUAGACCAAGAUGAUAUAGGGGAGAAAAUUGCAGUAGUUGCCUCUUCCAGAUUGAAUGAACUUAACAGUGAUGUUAGAGGUCAUUACGAUGAUCGUUCCGUUCAUGAUAUUUUGACUCAAGAAACUCCUGAUUUUUGGAAUAAAUUUUCAGUCGUAGUGAUAAGUGACUACUUUCCAUUCCUUGACGAGCUAGUUAACCUCUUAUGGGAAAAGGGAAUACCCUUGGUGGUUGUGAAUUGUCUUGGAUUCUAUGGUUCACUACAGUUGAUCAUGAAUGAGACCACUGUUAUUGAGACUCACGAUCCAUCGAAAGUGUAUGACUUAAGAAUUGAUGAACCCUGGCUAGAGUUAAAGCAAUUUACAGACUCUUUUGAAUUAGAUGAUUUAGAUGACACUGAUCACGCACAUGUACCGUAUGUCCUCAUCCUCAUCAAAGCUUUGCAGAGAUGGAAAGAUUCCCAUCAUGGACAAUCUCCUCAAAAUUACUUAGAAAAAAAGCAAUUCCGAAAGGAUGUCGAAGGAAUGUCAAGGAGAAUAGGUAUAGAGGCUAAUUUCUUAGAAGCCACUAAUUCUAUUCAUAAAGCACUUCAGACCACUCGCAUUCCACAAUCUAUUAUGGAAAUUUUCAAUCAGGCCUCCACAAAUCAUGAAAAAGUUACUAAAUCUACUCUGAUGUUUUGGCUUUUAGUUGUAGCAUUGAAAAGGUUUGUUCAAAAGAAUGACUUUCAACUACCAUUACCUGGAACCUUGCCAGACAUGGCAUCGGACACAUUAAACUACAUUCAGUUACAAAACAUAUACAAAAAUAAAGCCAUUAGGGACGAAACACUAUUCAAGCAAGAACUCACAAACGUACUAAAAGAAGCUGAUAGAUCAAUAGAAGAUAUCAGUGGUGAAGUUAUUAAGUCAUUUUGCCGAAACUCGCAGUUUUUGUACGUAACAAAUGGUUCAAAAGAACCGUAUAGCCAGAAUUUAAUGUUUCAGCUAUUCAACGAACCUAGUGAAGGAGAUGACGAACGUUCAAGCACUUUGGCAAUAUAUUUUACAAUUUUGAACUACAACAAAUACAUCGACACGUUUAAAACAUGUCCAGAGAUUGAAGACCUUGAUCGUUUUAUUGAAUUGUUCCUUCAGUCCUUUGCACCUCAUUUAAAAGAAGUACCGGAAUCACUCUUACUAACAUUCAAAGAAGCAUUAACGCAUAGUAUACAUAAUUAUCAUAACAUCAAUAGUUUUAUGGGAGGUGUUGCAAGUCAAGAGGUUUUAAAAUUAGCAACAGGUCAAUAUAUUCCGGUGGAUAAUCUAUUCGUUUUUGAUGGUAUAAGGUCUGUAAGUGAUAAGUGGAAAAUAUAG